AUGGCAUCAAAUCGGGCGAGGCGAAUUGCAAAAGAGCUUGCCGACAUCAACAACGACCAGCUCUCCCAAAUCAUAGUCGAGCCGGCUGGCAAUGGCGAUGACCUUACACAUUUGCGGGGCCAGUUCUUCGGCCCUCCAGACACACCGUACGAGGGUGCCACAUACUUUGUGGACAUCAAGAUCCCCACAGACUACCCGUUUCGACCUCCAAACAUGAAGUUCGAGACCAAAAUCUGGCACCCCAACGUCAGCUCGCAGACGGGCGCCAUCUGCCUAGACACCCUCUCCUCGCAAUGGUCCCCCGUCCUCACAAUCAAGAGUGCCCUUAUCUCGCUACAGUCCCUUCUCAGCACUCCAGAACCCAAAGACCCACAAGACGCAGAAGUGGCCGGCAUGCUGAUCCGCAACCCUGCAGAGUUUGAACACAAGGCACGCGACUGGGCGGUCAAGUAUGCCGGUGCGCCCAAGAAGGAGAUUGCAGAGGGCAGUGGAGGCGCGACUGCAGAGUCCAUCCGAAAGAAGGCGCAGGUUUCAAAGCAGAACGAAGAGAAAGUCAAGAUGGCAGCAUACAAAGGCUACAAUAAAGACCUGGUCGACCGCUUCGUUGCUAUGGGCUUCGAUGUAGAGGCUGUGGUCGAAAGCUUCGAAUACGUUGGCAUAGACAAGAUGGGAGGCGAGGACUACGAGCUUGAGGAAGCCUACAUGGGAGAUAUCACCGCUCGUCUGUUUGGCGAAGCCUAG